AUGGCGGCGGUGCAGCAGUACACGGUGGCGCUCUUCCUCGCCGUUGCCCUCGUGGCGGGGCCGGCCGUCUCCUACGCCGCCUACGCCCCCGGCGCCCCGGCCACCCCCGCCGCCCCAGGGACCCAGCCCAAGGCGACGACUCCGGAGCAGAAGCUGAUGGAGGAUAUCAACAACGGCUUCAAGGCGGCUGUGGCGGCCGCAGCCGCCGUCCCUGCGGCCGACAAGUACAAGGCGUUCCAGACCACCUUCAUCGCGUCCUCUAACAAGGCUUUCGCGGAUGCCCUCAAGGCCGCCGCCUCCGGCCAGACCCCUGCCAAGUCAGACUCCAUGUCCAGACUCUCCACCAGCCUCGAAUCCUCCUUCAAGCUCGCCUACGACUUCGCCGAGGGCGCCACCCCCGAGACCAAGUACGACACCUACGUCGCCAGUCUCACCGAGUCGCUCCGCGUCAUCUCCGGCGCCUUCGAGGUCCACGCCGUCAAGCCCGCCGAAGAGGAGGUCAAGGGGGUCCCCGCCCCCCAGCUCAAGACCAUCGACCAGAUCGACGCCGCCUACAGGACCGCCGCCACCGCCGCCAACGCUGUCUCGGCCGACAAAAAGUUCACCAUCUUCGAGUCCUUCUUCAACAGGGCCAUUAAGGAGAAUACGGGCGGCAAAUACGACAACUACAAGUUCGUCCCCGCCCUUGAGUCCGCCGUCAAGCAGGCCUACGCCGCCACCGUCGCCUCCGCGCCCGAGGUAAAGUACGCCGUCUUUCAGGCCGCCCUGAGCAAGGCCAUCAGUGCCAUGGUUGAAGCCGAGAAGGAUGCCAAGCCCGCCGGCGCCGGCGCCGGCGCUACUGCCGGUGGCUACAAAGCCUGA